GGAUGUCUGUGGGGGCCAUUAUUCUGCCGGCCAUACUGUCUCGAAGAAGAGAAGCGGGUCUGAGAAGGAGCAGCCAGAGAAAGGAGGAGAGCCAGAGGAGAGUGACAUGUCCCAGAAGAGAGGUAGUGACAUAGUGCUGGGAGGUCAAGCCUGAUGAGAACUGAAAAAUACCUGCUGGUUUAGUGUCGUGAGGACACCAGCCAUUCGUGGUCAGCGGUGUGUCGGGGGCAGGAGCUGGUUUCUGGUGCCCUGUGCAGCAAAGAAGAAGUGAGGAGGUAGAAACUGGGAGUGUAAAAUCUUCCCCAAAACCUGAUUGCGAAGGGAGCUUUGUUGCCGUUUCUAAAAUGGGAAAGGGAAAUAAGUUUCCCUGGGAUGGGAAGGAAGGAGAGGUAUAGGAGAGAUGGGUCAUCAUCAGAUGCGAUGUCUGUGAAAGGGAGAGUUCAGCUAGACCACGGGAAGCUUGGAAAAGCGGGACAGUUGGAUAGACCCAGGCUCAGAAAACGUUUUGCCAGGCGGGCUCCACCGCAGAACAGAGGUUAGGAUGCUGUCAAGGGUGUGGCGGAAGUGAUAGAGCUGGGAAUUUAAAGGAGAGAGUGAUCAGCCGGCAGGAGGUGCUGGCGAGGCAGGAGGCGCUGGCGAGGCAGGGGGCAGGGGCUGAGCAAGUUAGGGAGAUACUAGUCCUAAAUGGUGUCUGAAAUAAGUUCAGAGAAAAUGCUUGAUUCUUGAUUGGAUCGCGGUACUUGCUGGAUUCCCUGAUCUGCUGGUCUCUAGGUCCCGCAUGUUCCAAUCCUUAGAACAGUGUUUGGCAUCGAGUAAGUGCUGUAUAUUGUUAAUCACGAUUAAUAUACCUUCAGUAAUUUUUAAAACUUCGGAGACUCCAUUUCCCUUGAGGCAUUGCAGCCGUUCGGACUACAACUCCCAUGAUGCCCGGCAGGCCGCCUCAUCCGUAAUUAUUUACCUACGCACGUCCCUUAACUUGGUUUUCCAGUCCCAGCAUUCCUCGCUGUUUUCCUACCUCCCCAGCACGCCUACCCGUCCUAGGAAAAACCAAUUGGGUCAGGGAGUGCGAGACCAGGCCCGCCCCCGCCUGGUCAGAGGGGCGGGAGGGGCGUGGCCAUGUCCUGCCCCGCCCCUGCCCCGUGGCUGGCGUCUCCGACGCGACCAGGAGACAUGGGCGCUACCUGGAGGGGUCCCGGCUGGGCUCGGCUCGCGCUCUGCCUCGCGGGCUUGGUGCUCUCUCUCUACGCGAUGCACGUGAAGGCGGCGCGCGCCCGGGACAGGGACUACCGCGCCCUCUGCGAUGUGGGCACUGCCAUCAGCUGUUCGCGCGUCUUCUCCUCCAGGUUGCCUCCGGGCCCGCUGGGCAUCUGUCCUGCUGGUACUGAGCUCCCUGGUGUCUCUUGCUGGUUCUGUCUACCUGGCCUGGAUCCUCUUCUUUGUGCUCUAUGA